UCAGACAGUUUAGGCCCAAGUAUAAUAUAUCCAAGUCCAAAUAACCCGUUUGCCGAACCCGAUAGGCUUGAAAGAAAACGAGUGGCUGUCUUCAUGACGCGGAUCAUCUGAAAAACACCCCAUUCAUCCUCCAACCAUGGCUCCAACACCAAUUAACCUCCGUCGCCAUGGCAACCACCACCAUCCCCACAAGAUUUGCACUUUCCACUAACUCCUCCACUCUUUGGCACCGAUACAAAAAACCCACCUCAGGAAAUUGCAAUCUAAGAAACGUAAUCAUUCGCAUUAAGGCUUCUUCAUCAGCUACAAUGUCUGCUACUGCUACUAAGGUCGUGCCUGCGGUGAUUGUGGGAGGUGGACGUGUAGGACAAGCUUUGAAAGAUAUGGGAAACGGAGAUGAUGUUCUUGUUAAGAGAGGCGAACCUGUGCCACUCGAUUUUCCCGGUCCCAUAUUGGUUUGUACCAGAAAUGAUGAUCUUGAGGCUGUACUUGAGGCAACUCCUAAGUCUCGUUGGAGCGAUUUGGUUUUUUUCCAGAACGGGAUGUUGGAACCCUGGUUCGAGAGUAAAGGUCUUGGAGAUGCUGAUCAAGUUCUAGCGUAUUUUGCCGUUUCAAAGCUUGGUGAACCUCCCACUGAUGGGAAAACAGAUACAAAUCCAGAAGGGUUGACAGCAGCUUACGGGAAGUGGGCAUCUGCAGUAGCUGGCAGAUUGAUUGCUGGAGGUCUUUCGUGCAAGGUUCUUGAGAAGGAUGCAUUUCAGAAGCAAAUGUUGGAGAAGCUUAUAUGGAUAUGUGCAUUUAUGCUUGUAGGGGCUCGUCAUCCUGGGGCAACCGUGGGUGCGGUUGAAAAGGAUUAUCGAUCUGAGGUAAAUAUACUGGACGCUGGCAACGGUUUUCCUAAUAUCUCCAUAUACUUUUGGGUUUACACAAUGAUUAAAGUUGUUUGUUGUGUUAUCCCAUAUACUUAUGAGGUAAAACAGAUGGAGAUAGAAAUGAGAGUAAAAAAACUUUGCUUGGACUACAUGAUUUGACCUGAACUUCUCCUGCUGCAAAUAUUUUUGUAUCGUUUCUACAAAUGAUAGUGUUUACCUGAUAGACACUCAAUAGUCACUUUACUCUCACAGGUCUCGAGCCUCAUCUCUGAACUGGCUGCUGCUGCUGCUGCUGAAAAGGGUCUUGUUUUUGAACCAGCAUUAGAGGAUAGAUUGUGUGCUUAUUCUCGGGCAGUUGCUCACUUCCCGACAGCAGUAAAGGAGGUCAGAACUUGAAUUAUUUCUUUAAAGCUGUUUGGCGGUUAGCUGUUUUGUUCAUCCUUAACGAUGAUCCUUGCUUGAAAUUUCAGUUUAAAUGGAGGAACGGUUGGUUUUACUCACUCACAGAAAAAGCAAUCGCCGAAGGAAAACCAGAUCCUUGCCCAUUACAUACAGCUUGGCUGAAAGAACUGAAAGUAGUGUAGGAUGAGAGUUUAUGUAAUCAGUCUCGUUGCACAAGAAUGCUGAACUCGGAGAUGCGUAGUGUACAAUUGCUAAAGUUAGGUUGAUGUUGGGAUGCUGCGCUCUUUAUUUUGGUCUCCGUGACUUGGUGAUGUAGAGGAAUUUGAAAAUUUAGUGUAAUAAACGGAUCUCUUGUGAUUUCACAAACAGAAAGAUGGUUGGUUCUUACUUGAGUUUAUUUUUAUGCUUUUAAACAGAGCUUGGAGAUGUAGCGUAGACUAAUAAUAUGCAGGCAAACAGGUAUCCGUUUGCAUUCAUUGCAACUUUCUAUGACUUUCAGG